AUGGCGCCCCCAAAAGCACAGCGGGCGUCGGAUUUUUUCCGACAUGGUAGGAGGGACAAAACGCGGCCGGAGCAAGAUGGCGGCGGCUCACACUCCCCAACACCUGCCUCGGAUCAGGGAUCCGACACAGAGGCACUGCAGCCUCCCCCUGGGGAUAUUUCUCUCUCGGAGGCAAAAAUGGCGGCAAUGCUGCAGAAGCUCCGCUCCUCCAUGAAAGAAGACAUACAAUUGGCUGUUGAUGACAUUCGCAGGGAGGUGCACGAGGUGGGGACCCGCCUAAAUGCCCUGGAGGAGAAAACUGACGACUUAUGCCAGGCUAAUGACGCCAGAUGGAAUCGGAGCAAGCGCGCCUAA